AUGGCCGAGAACGAAGUAACACCGGCUCCACAUCAAGCAACUACGCCAAGCGAUGUCCAGCAAAAACCUUCCAACAACGACUACCUGCUUAACCAAGAAAGCAAUGGUAUUUUCGUUAAUAAAGUCAGCGUUAAAAUACCACCAUUCUGGGCAGAGCGACCAGAGAUUUGGUUCGCGCAAAUAGAAGCCCAGUUUUGCAUUGCUGGAAUCUCAUCGGACAUAACCAAAUUUAACACUGUGAUCGCAUCCAUUGAAUCUCACGUGUUAGCGCAAAUUACGGAGGCAGUGCUACAACCACCAGCAGAAGGAAAAUACGAAAACUUAAAAAAGUGCAUCAUCGACCGGUUCGGCGAAAGCGAAGAGAAAAAGAUGAAAAAACUUUUAUCUGAAUGCGAGCUAGGUGACCGACGGCCCACACAACUUUUACGGGAGCUGAGUGGUCUCGCCCGAGACAGAAUAAGCAACGAGUUUCUCAAAUCCCUUUGGCUUCAGCGUUUGCCCCCUCAGACUCGCGCUACCCUUCAGGCAUCCACAUCUGAACUGCCCGAACUGGCCAAAUGA